GCACGCCGACCAGCUCGCGGUUCACUAAUACCUCGGCAACACACACACACACUCACACACACAGCCACAAGCGCCAUACAACCACACACACACACACACACACACACACAGCCACACUAUCCAGCCGAACACGGUCCGUAUCGAUUCUCCUCAAAUCCAAUCUGGGAUUCCAGUCAUGAGAGCGCGUUUGUCACGCUGAGCAAACCGCACCCCCCCCCCCCCUUCCGGGCGGCCGCCGGACUCGGCCCGACUCGGCCCGCCGCCUCCGGGACAUGCGGCAUGCGAAUGGCCAGGCGGCAUGCUGCAUCCGCUGCUUGACGAGAUGCGGAGAGGGCGGCGAGUGCUCCACGUCAUGCUGGCCGCGCUGGUCGCCGCGUGCCUCGCGCACCAGGUGGUAAUCGGCGCGCCCCAGCAGCAGCAGCCCCAGCAGCGCCAGCACGACGGCCUGGAGUACGCCCCCAAGUGGGGGUGGCACCUGCCCAGCGCCAGCGUCGCCAGCGAUGACCGGAGGGACCGGAGGGGCGACUCGGGCUCUGUGCAGUACACCGGCGGCCAGUCGCAGCAGCAGUCGGAGCAGCAAGGAUCGAGUGGCACUAUACAGUACGCUACAGCGCCCAGACGGCAACAGCAGCCUCAACAACAGAGCCCUCCUGGCACACUGCAGUACUCCGGCGGCACCCAGCAGCCCCAACAACUAAGCCCUCCUGGCACACUGCAGUACUCCGGAGGCACCCAGCAGCCCCAACAACAACAACUGAGCCCUCCUGGCACACUGCAGUACUCCGGCGGCACCCAGCAGCCCCAACAACAACAACUGAGCCCUCCUGGCACACUGCAGUACUCCGGAGGCACCCAGCAGCCCCAACAACUAAGCCCUCCUGGCACACUGCAGUACUCCGGCGGCACCCAGCAGCCCCAACAACAACAACAACUGAGCCCUCCUGGCACACUGCAGUACUCCGGCGGCACCCAGCAGCCUCAACAACACCAACACCAACAACCAUUUUCCAACAGGCGGCAGCAGUACCCUCUGGAGAGCUUCGCGGCCUCGGUGGGGCCCGGCGGGGCGGGGGCCUUCCCUCUGUCCAGCAGCGACGCCGGAGGCACGCCGGGCCUGCAGUACGCUGUGGGACGGGGGCGGCCGCACCGGUACGGCGCACUGGACAACCUGGACAGUGCCGCAGGGACGCUGGAUCCUCGUGCCACGGCCGCCGCACCUGGGCCCCAGUCCCUCCAGCCGCUCCAGCUGGGAGUCAGCCAGCAUCAAGUGCAGAACGCCGCUGGACACCCGGGGCAGGCUCCAGCACAUGCUCCAGCACAGCCAUAUCAGGGGUGGCUUUCGCCAGUCCAGCCGCUGUUCCGCCCGCACGGCCUGCAUGGUCUGCACCAGCACGUGCUGCAAGCGGGACAGCCAGGCCAAGUACUCGGACAGCAAGGAGGACAGCCGGGCCAAGUGCUCGGACAGCAAAUCACCCCUCAGCCCGCACAGCGGCCGGGCGGACAGCAGGCGAACGGCAGCAGUCCCGGCGACGUCCUGGGCGCCUUCAUGUCCCUCCUCAACUCCAAGGCCUCGAUGGUGGGCUCCGCGGUCCAAGGAGGCGUCCGCGCCGUCCUCUGGCUGCCCGGCGUCAUCCUGGACGCCCUUCGCGGGGUGCAGACCACGCCGACGACGUCCUCGGGGCGAAGAUGAACAAGCAGUCAACUUUCUGUCUUUCAUUUAUUUGCAAUCACUUUCAUUUUCUCUCCAAGUUCCCUUGCGAAGCUCCUGCGUUAAACCGCAAGCUUCCGCGUAGAAAACGGCAGUGAAUGUGAGGAAGCGUGGAACGAGGCUCCACGGAGUUUUGUUCCUACCCAGUAAGUGUAAGCCAAGGGGGACUUUUCUCGUCGGACUAAAUCUCGGCGGGUCAUACAUUAGCCGUCGCCGUGAAGUGCGCGAGGCGGGGUGGGGCAGUUUCUCUGCAGACGGGGAGGCGACUUGAAUGCUAAAUAAUCGAAUACGGCCACUUGCCAGUCGUUUACCUGGGCCUACGGCGGCCCACGGGGGAGGGGGCGGCUCCAGGACUCAGGCCGAUCCAGAUAAGCAGCCGGCUGGAGCAGACUGGAGCAGGCCGCCUUCGUGCCUGGAAGACCUAUGGAAGCCCUGGCAACUGGAAAUGAGCAAAGUUUAUUGGAGCCAGGGCGAUCCUUCACACGCCGCAGUUAGGUGUAAACGGCCACACCGCGGCCCGGAAUUAUUCCUGUGAUGGGGACCGUAGGUUCGAGUCCCGACGGCAGCGAAUCUAAUUUUCUUCUUUUUUCCCCCCACUUGCCACUUUGGCGACCCACACACUCCAUCCCCGUCCCCAUUUCCGGCCCGCCUUGCUGCAAUCCUGGCCGCUUUAAUUAAGCCCUUCCCUGUUGUUAAUGAACUUCUGGACCAAUAAAAACGUUUUACUGCGGCCCAAGA